CGGAGGCAUCCAUAUUAACUUUUAGGAAACCAUUCGGCGGACAAUUCCAACCGGCGAAGCUGUCCCAGACCUCUUCUCCUUCACCUGGCCAGAACUCCAACUAUCAACAAAACUCCAUGCCUGGUGCAGAAACUGGUCGGGCCCCUGAAAACUCGCCGAUUGCGCUGAGUCCACAAUCCUUAGCAACCGCAAGCCACAGUCCGCAGAUCUUCUCCAUUCUUGGUCUGGAAUAUCGACUGAAGCCAAUCAAGAAACAUACCACCCAACUGAUUCCCAAGUCGUCCUCACAAUUAACAAACAGAGAUUCAUCAUUGUCUCCACAUAAACCACACCGUGCCGAGCAGUUAACCCGCCACCUAAGGUUCUCUGUCAGAAUAGAGCUUUAAUUUUCGGGGGAAUCUCCCAAUUCCAGACAUCAGUCCAGUCCCACGAACCCUCAAAAUGAACCUCCCCAACAAGUCUUCUAUAACAGCUUCGCACACUGCACUUACCAUUCUGCUCUCCUUUCUAAAUGCUUCUUCUGCUGAGAGGAAUUCUUCUAAUUAGAUCUUUAUCUCUGUCAUAAAAAGCUCAGCCAAUAUAUCUUCAUCUCACGCACCACCAGGCUGAACUAGCUAGGAGACUUGCUACCUUGAUAUCCUCCAAUAAUUUUUGGCAGAGUGAGAAAAUCCCAAUUUCUCCAUCUGAUUCCCCUUACAGAAUUACUCGUCCAUUCAUAAAAGAAUUUCUCCAUUCCGACAAAGCUCGUGAGAAAGAAAAAAAACAUUCAUAGCAUAUAGAGACAUGGCUUGGAAUCUGGAUUAUCGUUUUCAAGAGAACUCUCUCCCUGCACGUGACAAAAAUUUGUUAUUUCGGCUUUGUAGUCGCCGGACAAUCCACUACCAUAAUAUAAUCCAGAAUCUCUCUUUUAUUCCAGCCAAAGAGGGCUCGCAACCCCCAGGUACCUCUCUCCAGCUUCCGCAGGCCCCACUCCUAAGAGCCCCACGAGGCUGGAAAAAAUCUUGGAUUUGUUGAAAUUGACCACUUGUCUUGAUGCUAGCUCAUAGUCAAGAAGGAUCUCCUUAACCACCGUAGCCAGACCAUGAUCUGUCUAAGAAAACAAAACAAACUAUCAUAUGCAAAGAGCAGAUUGGAAAUCCCCGGAGCUCCCCUAGCCACCGUGACACCAUGAAUACGUCCAACAUUUUCAUGCAAGUGGAGAAGAGCACUAAGACCUUC